AUGGCUUGUGUUCUGCUGUUCUCUUUUAUUUUCAUGCUUACAAUAAAUUCUACCAUAAUUGGGCAGAAAAAUUUAGAAACGUAUAUUGUCCAUGUAAGUUUGCCAGCUGAUCCUCAUUCUUCCAAGUUAGAAGACUUGGAAAGCUGGUACUAUUCAUUCUUGCCAGUAAAUCCUACCACAGGGUUGAAUGAUGCAUCGCGCAUGGUUUAUUCCUAUCGCAAAGUUGUUAGUGGUUUCGCAGCUAGAUUAUCAGCUGAAGAAGUAAAAGAAAUGGAGGAAAAAAAAGGAUUUCUGUCUGCCAGACCUGAAGCGCUCUUGGCCCUGCAAACAACCCACAGCCCUGACUUCUUGGGACUGCAUAAGCAGAUUGGCGGGUGGUCUGAUGCAAACCAGGGAAAAGGUGUGAUUAUAGGUGUCAUAGACACAGGAAUUACACCUGACCAUCCGUCUUUCAGUGAUGAGGACAUGCCACCUCCGCCACCUGAAUGGAAAGGGCGAUGCGAAUAUGGAAAUCCGCCAUGUAAUAACAAGCUAAUUGGUCUGAGGAGUUUCAUUAGAGACAGGCCUGGGCUGCCAUUUGAUGAGGUUGGGCAUGGCACUCAUACUGCAAGCACAGCAGCAGGAAAUUUUGUGGCAAAUGCCAAUGUGUAUGACAAUGCCAAUGGUACAGCUGUUGGCAUGGCCCCUCAUGCUCACUUGGCCAUCUACAGUGCUUGUUCCAGACAUGGAUGUCGUUCAGCUGAUGUCUUAGCUGCAAUUGAUGCUGCUGUGUUGGAAGGCGUUCACGUUCUCUCUCUUUCGCUUGGUUUUGAUUUCCCCAUUUCAUUAUUCGAGGACGAAAUUGCUAUUGGGGCUUUUGGUGCAAUUCGAAAUAGAGUUUUUGUGAGCUGUUCUGCAGGCAACUAUGGUCCAUUAUACCAGUCCUUGAGAAAUGGAGCACCUUGGAUCCUGACAGUUGGUGCUAGCACAACGGACAGGGAUGUAAGAGCUACAGCCGUACUAGGGAACAAUCAGGAAUUUGAUGGACAGUCUUUUUUCCAACCCAAGGAUUUCCAAACAACAUUGCUACCCUUGGUGUAUCCAGGCAUGAAUGGUGACCAAUUUGCUGCAACAUGUGAAAAAGGAUCACUGGACAAUAUUGAUGUUAAAGCGAAAAUAGUACUUUGUGAUGGCUUUGGAGUGGAAACAGGAGAAACAGUGAGAGAUGCUGGGGGUGCUGCAAUGAUUCUUAUGAACCAGCAAAGCUCAGGAUAUACGACUUCUGCUGAAGGUCAUGUUCUUCCUGCAGCACAAGUGAGUUUUGCUGAUGGACAAGCUAUCAAAGCUUACAUAAAUUCGACAUCCACCCCUAAAGCAACUAUACAAUUCAAAGGGACAAUUAUAGGAGUAAAAGAUGCUCCUGCAGUAGCAGCAUUCUCCUCAAGAGGUCCUAACCAUGCAAGCCCUGGCAUCUUGAAGCCUGACAUUAUUGGCCCAGGUGUUAACAUUCUUGCGGCAUGGAGUGAAUCUGUCGAGGACAAGACAACAACAAAAUCAAAUUUCAACGUGAUCUCUGGCACCUCAAUGGCAUGUCCCCAUCUCAGUGGCAUUGCAGCCUUGAUAAAAAAUGCACAUCCACGAUGGUCACCAGCUGCUAUUAAAUCAGCUAUCAUGACUACAGCCAACUUCACCAAUGUCACUAGUAGCCCAAUCAUAGAUGAGAGGAGGGUGCCUGCUGACAUAUUCAUGAUUGGCGCUGGCCAAGUCAAUGCUUCAAGAGCUCUUGACCCUGGGCUAGUAUAUGACAUCCAACCUAAUGAUUAUAUUCCUUAUCUAUGUGGCCUGGGCUACUCAGACCAAAACGUUAGGACAAUUGUGGGUAAGCCAGUUACAUGUUCCACUGUCUCCAGUAUACCAGAAGCACAGCUUAAUUAUCCUUCAUUUGCGAUUCAACUUCCUCAGAAUACUACUCAGAGGUAUUCAAGGAUAGUGACAAAUGUUGGGAUUGCCGUUUCUUCUUAUCAUGUUGAAAUAGAGGAAAUUCCAGGGGUUGAAGUAUCUGUUCAGCCUGAGGUACUUAACUUCACAGAGUUGGAUCAGCAGAUGACCUAUCAAAUAACUUUUCGAAGAACAACCAUGUCAUCCAACAAGUCCUUUUUUGUCCAGGGAGCAAUUACAUGGAUAUCUGAGCACAGGGUUAGAAGCCCAAUUGCUGUCUUAUUAGCGGAAGAUACGAGUUAUGACAAAGAAUUUAUAGCUCUCGAACAAUCUGAGCAGGUUACCAAUACUGUGUAA